AUGCGUAUAAUUAAACUGUUAUUACUCCCCCUUUAAACAUAGGUAAAAUUUUCAUUUUUUUGGAUACUUUAAUAUCCCUUUAUAUUUAAAAACAAAUCAACCCCCUUUAAUUGAAGCAGGAUAUUUUGUUCCAGUUUAAAGGGGGAAGUUAAAAAGUCCUUGCUUAUGAAAUUUAGAGAUAAAUUAUUACAUGAUCAAGAGGGUUACAAUCUUGCUUUUUCUGGUUUCUAUUGCAUCUGGUGUUGCCAUCACAACAUUUUCUAUAUACACAUCAACAAAAACCAUAAGACAAGUCGCCGACUACACCUUUGCAAUUCGAAUUAUUACAAAUAUUCCAAGUGGAGGCUCUAUUAAAGUGAUUUUUCCAACAAUUUUUACUCAGCUGCCCUCCGGAUCAAACCAAUGCUCUAUUUCAGGUGUCUCAUCCCCAUCAUCAGUAGCAUGCUCUUUUUCAGGCCAAUACGUGCUGAUUACAAAUUGUUUUCCUAGUAGUAGUAAUAGUGGAAAUACAAUAAGUUUUACUAUAAAUCAAAUUACAAACCCGUUAUCUGCGGUCACAUCAAGCUCAUUCAUCAUUUAUACGUUGUCAGCAUCUAAUAAUAUUCUUGAUGACAUGAGCUCAGGGAUGACUGCGACUUAUGAUUACAUUUCACUCAAAAGUGCAUCACUUAUCCCUGGAUCACAAAUAGCUGGGGCUAAGUCGACCUGAACUAUUAAUUUAGAAACCAAUUACCAAACGACUCAAGAAAUUGAUGUAAAAUUUCCUUAUUGAAACCAAAAUUUGAAUGCUCCACAAGCUAGCUUGACUCAGUUUUGCAACGGGGCUGUCACUUGUACAGCAGUUACCAGUAUAGAAUUAUUUAGAUUUUUCGCUUUCUUCAACGUGCAUAUGCUCGAAUGGAAUUUUAUCAAUUAAAGGCAGCUCAGCCGCAGCUGGAAAGAUACAGAUCCUUGCAAGUGGGAUUUUAAAUCCGCCAACUACAGAUACAAUGUCAGGAUUUUCAGUAUACACUUCAUUAAACAGUGGAGUUGUUGAAUACUAUUCAGGCAUUACUGUAGGAGUUAAUCUGCCAAACACUUUGACUGUUUCUUCUUUGUCGCUGCAGCAGACACAAAUAAAUCAGAUGACAACAAUGUCUUUUAGCAUUCAAUGCUCAAAUCCUGUGCCUUCAGGCAGUAUUUUAAUAGUGUCUCUUCCUUCAGAUUUUUCUAUCACAGACGACUUUUCAGUUGAUGGUGUCUAUGGGAUUGCUUAUAGCUUAAGCUCAAGCGUGUCAAAUAAUAUCAUCACGAUAACCAAUGGCUUUUCAAGCUAUUUAACUGCCUUAUCAGCUAUUCAGUUUGAAAUUUCUAAUAUAAAGAAUCCUUCCUCAAUGAAAGCUACUGGAGCAAUUAAUGUUCUCCUUAAGACAAACACUUAUGGACUGAUUUGUGAAACUUCAACAAGCUAUACUCUACAAUCAACUUCAGGAAAUAUUAAAAACGUUAUUAUUACUCCGCUAUCUUAUACAAUUAAUGCAAAUACGACUUAUUCAUUCGCCUUCGAGCCUUCAGAUCCAAUCCCUCAAAGCGGUGCAAUUAUGGUAACCGCUCCAUCACAAAUUUCAUUUACGAAUUCUGCAAUUAGUACAUGCUACAAUAUAAUAUCUGGGCUUAGUCCUAAUGCUCAAUGUGAAGUUAAGAGCUCAAAAUAUUUAUUUAUAACUAAUGCUUUUUCAAGUGAUUAUAGUAGCGGAGUUCUUAGCUUCCAACUGAAUAAUGCAGUGAAUCCUGGAACAAUACAAGUAAGUGAUCCUUUUAUAGUAGAAACGUAUACCAGUAGUGAGUUUCUGUAUCUUAUUGAUUAUGAUGCUUCUGCAACUAUAACAGCGACAUCUGAUUCUUUAAAAGGAGUAACAAUUGCGCCAUCUUCGUUUACAACUGGAGAUAUUACGACAUAUACAUUUAGUAUUAAUACCAGAAAUACUAUCCCUCAAGGAGGAGGCUUAAAAAUUGUCUUCCCGGAAGAAAUUUCAAUUCAAGAUAUAGGGUUUUACCCUAAUUAGCCCUAUAAGGGAAGAUGAAACCCGAUGGAAUCGUCGAGUUGGUCAAACCAACUUAGUGCGUUGGUCGGACAAAUUCACUUGCUGGUUGGACCAACUCGAUGAUUCCACCGGGAAUCAUCUGCCCUUAUAUCGCUAAUUAGGGUAAAACCCUAUACGACAGUUAAAUGCCAAAAUGCUGUAGGAAUUGACUCGUCAUUUACUUGCACAAAUACUUACAACUCAAUUACUAUAUCUAAUGGAUUUUUAUCUUCUUCAUUUCAGCCUGGACUUAUUAGUUUUACAAUAGGCUCUAUAAAAAAUCCUGGCUCUCUUAAGGCAUCAAAGUCAUUUCAAGUGUUUACAUCAUAUUCAGGCUUAACUAUUGACUCAAUGACACAGGGAAUAACUAUUCAGAUGCAAACUCCUCAUACUCUUCAAGCCUCAAUCAGCUCUGCAAGCUAUACAGUUGGGGAGACCACAAGCUACACGCUGAAAAUAACACCGUAUAAUGCUUUACCUGCAAACUCUGGGCUUCAAAUUGUCCCUCCAUCAGAUUUGGUAAUUCUGCCAUCAGUGCAAUGCGAAGCAAGCGGGAUUACAGCUUUUACUGUCAGCUGUGCACUUGAGGGAAGCUCAUUGAUUGCUGAAUUGACUUUUUCAGCACAAGUAACUUCUCAGUUUUCCUUGCAGAUUUCUCAAAUAAUUAAUCCAAGCUCAACCAAGCCUACUCAGUCUUUUGGAAUAACUACAACUUCAGAAGGCUAUUCAGUUGAUUCACUGCAAUCAGGGCUGAGUAUUCAAAUGAUAACCCCUGGAAAGCUGAAUUCUGCAUCUGUUUUUACCCAGGACACAGGCAUUUCAGUUACCACUGAUUACACCUUUACUCUAGAGCUCAACCAUCAGGUUCCAACAGGUGGAUAUGUUGAAAUUCAAAUCCCAAGCCAAAUUACUAUGACUUCUAACAUAAAAUGCAAAGAAAUUGACUAUGUUCAAUGCGAAAUGGCUGGGAAUAACAUUCUUCAAAUAUUUCUUUUUGGCCAGUCGAUUAGUAGCAAUUUGAAUUUUUCUGUUGAAAAUCUGAAAAACUAUCAAUUCACAACGGCAUCAAGUCCAUUUGUGCUAACUACAAAGACAUCAGAUGGAUAUUCAAUCGAUACGAUUAAUGGCAAUGUCAUAGUUUUUACUUGCAAUUCUCCAUGCCAAGAAUGUGAUACUCUUCCAGAUAGCUGUGUCUCCUGCUCUCCAUCGUCAUCCACUCCAUACUACUGAAGCAACAGCUGCCAUUCUUCAUGCCAGCCUGGAUGGGUAGACGUAGAUGGCUCCUUAAAUUGCAUUCAAUGCAGCUCCAACUGCCAGACUUGCUCACAGUCAAUUUCUAAUUGCAGUUCCUGUCCCACAUCAUUACCUUAUUUGAAAAAUGGUGUAUGUGUAUCUUCAUGCCCAAGUAGUUAUCUUACGACCUCAUCAAAGGAGUGCUUACAGUGUAACUCUAACUGCAAAACCUGUGGACCUGAUAUAAAUACUUGCAAAACUUGCAGCUCUGGAAUGUAUUUAUAUAAGGGUACAUGCAUUAAUUCUUGCUCAGCUGGAGUCAUGAUUACUGUUGGAAAUGCAUGCCAAGACUGCAGCACAAACUGCAAGGAAUGCAUUGAAAACAUAAACAAGUGCACUUCAUGCAAUGAAGGUAUGUUUUUAUACCAAGAUAAAUGCAUUAGUAAAUGUCCUCAAAAUACAACUAUUAUUGUAGGUUCAAGCUGUGUGGAUUGUGAUAACUCAUGCAACACUUGCUCUAUAGCAACAACGAACUGCACAUCAUGCUUUGAUGGAUUCUUUUUAUAUGAAAACCAAUGCUUGAGUGCUUGCCCAAGUGGCUUCGGAAGAAUUGAGGACUCAUGUCAAAAGUGUUCUGAUAAUUGUAAGGAGUGCUCAAAAACAGUAGAUUCAUGUAUAUCGUGCCCUGAAAACGAGUAUCUUUAUCAAGGAACUUGUGUAAAUUCAUGCCCUCAAAAUACAGCUAUUCCUGUCAAAAACGAGUGUGUAGAGUGCAUUACAUCAUGCAAAACUUGUAGCGGGAGUCCUGAUUCAUGUGUGGAGUGCUCAUCAGGAUAUUAUUUUUACCAGAAUCAGUGCAUUAGUGCUUGCCCACAAGGGACGAUCGGAAUUAGUGGGAGCUGUGAAAGCUGCGAUUCGAAUUGCUACUCAUGUGAGAACUCCAAAACAAAGUGCACUGGCUGCAGUGACUCAAAAAUUCUUUAUAAAAGCAGCUGCUAUGAUUCUUGCCCCUCAUCAACAAUCAAGAUUGGCAAUGAGUGCCUUGAGUGCGACUCUUCAUGCCUCACAUGCAUUAGCUCAACAAAAACUUGUGUUACUUGUGCAAACGAUCUUAUUCUUUAUGAAGGAUCUUGCUAUGACAUCUGUCCUUCAGGCUACCAGCUAUACAAUAGUUCUUGUAUUGCUAUCGGUCUUCUCCCUGAUGAGUGUUCAUCUGGUUGUGGAUCUGCUGAGCUUAAAAAUACUGUUUGUGAUCCCGCAUGCAACGUCAAGGCUUGCAAUUAUGAUGACGAACUUUGCUUACCAGCACAGAAUAAUACAGAUUCUAAUAAUACUGAUCACGAUUCCUCAGAAAAAUUAUCAAUAGGCGAGGUACCUUUUCCUGCAACAAUAGUAGGGGUUUCUUCUAUUGUAUUUGCUGGUGUAGCUAAAUUAACAGUUGGAACUUUAAUAAUGCCGACAACUGUUGGGGUAUGGGGAAUAUUAGAGACUUUCUCUUGGGGUGCUAUUGGAAUUUCACUCAUAGAAGUUCAAGACGUCAAAACUAGAAGGAGGCUAAUGGAUAUCUCUGAUUUUGAUGCCAAUGAUAUAUUUUUUACUUUAGUAAUUGUGUUUUCACUGCACAUCUGCUUCAAUAUUUUGUUUAUAGCACUUUAUCACGGUUACUUUACAAAAAUUGAUAAGGAGCAUAAAAUGUGAAUCAAAAACCAUAAAUGAACUACUACCUCAAUUACUGUUCUCUCUGUAUUUUCAUUUAAGUUCAUGAGGCUGCUUUAUUCCUGCUCGCCAUAUAAGAUCAAAUUUGGGAGAUCUUCUACAAUCUAUUUACCUCUUAUCAUCUUCACGUUUAGCAGUGCAAUUUUGACUACAAUCCCGAUGCUGAUCAUUCUUGUAUACAUUCUUUAUAAGUACCCAAUUGAUAAUUCAAUUUACUCCCAAACUUUGGAUAGCUUAAUAAUCUCCUUGCUCGUGGCAGUUUUGUCGCUUAUUGAAUCUGUUCUGAUAUCUUAUAGAAUAGGAAAAGAGACACUCCCACAUAGAGCCCUCAUAUCUAUUUCUCCUGAGCAUACAUAUGAUUCUAUGCCAAUGUCAGCAGACAUUGCCACAUCACGGUCAGGCAAAAAAUUGCUAAAUUUAAGUGAGGCAAAUAAUACCAUAAAUUCUGAAUUACCCAGUGAAUUUAAAGACACAAACACCAAUUUUGAGUCAGAAAUGGGCGAAACUCAAUCACAAAUAGAGACUAAUCGAGCAAUGUUCGAAAAAAAUGAAAUGAGUCAGUCAGAUAUUUCCGCUCUCGAUGAGUUUCAAAUUCAACCUAAAGAUACAAAAAUUUUCACUAUGAUAGAGCAUGACCUCGAAUUAGAUUUGGAUACUGCAGUUGUAGAUAAGAACGACCCAGAGUGCAUUUCAGUGUUUUAUAAGCCUGGGAAUAAAAGAGUUGUUGUGAAGCAGCUUUUUCAAAAUAAUACGAGCAUUGACUUAAAGAAUUAUACAUUUAUGAGAUGUGGUGCUGAAGCUGCUUAUUUUAUGGAUAAAAUAAGCCAUGAAGAAAUUGAGGUUCGCAGAAAUUAUAAAGGAGGCAAAAUAGUUGACAUAGAAGAAGACAAGAAAGUGUAUUUAAUUGGAAGGAAUGUAAUAAAUGAAGAACAGUUUGACUUUAAUAAUGGAAUUGUGGAUGAGAAUGAUUUUGAAUGCGUUUUAGUAACUCAUCUACCAACUGGGAUUACAGUAAAAAUUAAAAAGCCCUUUAGUGGGUUUCCAAUACUGGAUGCUAGGACUAAUCUGCCUACGAAGAGCAUUGUCAAUAGCUACGAUCCAUCAACAAUUAACGUGAAUAAAUCAAACAUUCAUUUCGCUACUCUUACUAUAGAUGGAAAAACUGUUAAAGUUCGAAGAAAUUUCAAAGAUGCAAAGAUCGUGGACAUUUAUGAAAAUACUGCAGAUAUUGAGCUAGAUGCAGACUCUACAUUCUCAGGUUUUGAAAAAAAUGAAGAUCCGCUAAUAGCUCUAUCUGAGUCAGAAAUCCCAAGUCCGAGGUUCUCCUCAGAAAAUUCGACACCUUUUACUCUUGAUAUGAGCUUCAAAGGUGGAGACCAAGAAUUUUCUGAUGUCUCAUUCAGCAGGCCAUCUGUGGAUUUUGAGUACUCUGAUUCUGACACUGAAAUCCCUAAAACUCCUCGAGCAUUUACUCCUGAAGAAAACAAAGAAGCGGUAGAGCCUUGGUUUAUGCAGAAAAUUUUCACAAGGGAUUCAAAAGCCAAAGAUGCGAGAGAUUUGGUGGCAGAAGAUAUUGCAGAAAAUGAUGGCAAUGCUGCUAUACAAGUAACCCCAGCAGUUAAAAGCAGAAAGAAAAAGGUAAAAGAAACUUUAUCCUUAAAAGAGCUAGAGGAUAUUAAAGCAAGAAGAAUGAAUCCAAAGAAGCUUCCACCGAUUAAAACGGUGGAGAAGUUCAGAGGCCCGUUUCUUAACCAAAUAGAUGAAGAAGAUGCUACUUUUGGAGUCAUCCAUAUUGAUGAAAAUGCUGCGGACAAGGAUUUCGAUUUCUUAAGAAUCACAAUAACAGAGCAGGCGCAUGGCUGAGAAUAGCAAAUUGUGUUCUUCAGUCCCGGACGACUUGCCAAGCAAAUUGUAUGGGAGAAGUCUUGAGUCCCUCAGAGACUGAGUGAAUCCGAUCCUAACUCCCCCCCCUUUAAAUUGGAACAAAAUAUCGGUAAAAUUUUCACUUUUUUGGUAAAUUAACCCCCCUUUAAAUUGGAAUAAAAUUUAAUUUUAUAAUAAAAAAUUAUAUAUAAAUUUUUAUCUAAAAAGUUUUGAUAUAAGUUAAAUGUUUCUUCUUAACUAAAAUUAAAAAUUUAGUUAUAUCUUGCUCGUUUUUAAAGAAAAAAGUAUAAAGGGCAGGGCAUCUUAUUUAAAUAAAUCUAUUAUCCUUAAUUGCUAAAUUUUAAAACAAAAUUAAAAUUUUUUUUUUUUAAAAAAUUUUCAAAAACAUUUUUGUUUUUUUUGAUAAAAAUGAUAUUUUUUUAUUUGGAUAGUUUUGAUAUAAAUUCAAUAGGAAUUCUUUAUAAAAUUUCAAAAUUUACUUAUUUCUUGCUUUAUUUUAAAGAAUAGAGUAUAAAUAACAUCUUAUUUAAACAAAAUUAGCACUUUGAUCGAUAAAUUUUCUAAAAAUUUUUUUUUUUAAUUUUUUUUAUCAAUAAAAAUAAUAAUUUUUGUGUAAAUAAUUUUGAUACCAAUUAAUAUUGGCGUAUUAACUAAUAAUGAAAAUUUAGUUAUAUCUUGCUUUGUUUUAAAGGAUAAAGAGUAAAUAGCAUUUUAUUAAACAAAUUUAUUGAUCUAAUUCGAUAUGUUUUUUUGAAUUUUUUUUUUUUAAAUUUUUAUAUAUAAUUUUUUUUUUAAAAAAAUUUAUAUAUUAAUAUUUGUUUUUAAAAAAACAAAUUUAACCCCCCUUUAAAUUGGAACAAAAUUUUUAGUUCCAAUUUAAAGGGGGGGAGUAAGGAGUGCCAAGAUAA